AUGGAGAGAAACAAUAAGACUAUAACCACAGAUUUUAUUCUCCUGGGGCUCUGGCCUGAGUUAGGCCACCUUGUGAUCCUUAUCUGCCUUAUCCUUCUGGUCUACUGGAUGGCUGUUGUGGGCAAUGCUGUUCUUAUUCUCCUCAUCUGGCUAGAUUCCCACCUCCACUCCCCCAUGUACUUUCUGCUCAGCCAGCUCUCCCUCAUUGACUUGGCCUUGAUCUCAACUUCUGUCCCCAAAAUGCUCACAGACUUCUUCUCAGGGGAAAGAAUCAUAUCUCAGGUAGGCUGUGGAACCCACAUCUUCUUCAGCAUAACCCUGGGAAUUGCUGAGUGCCUCCUGCUGACCCUCAUGUCCUAUGACCGCUAUGUUGCCAUCUGUAACCCACUGCGUUACUCAGUCAUUAUGAGUCAUAUCACCUGCAAAAAGAUGGUCAUUGGGUCCUGGGCAGGAGGAGCAAUAACUUCCCUGGUUCAUACAGCUUAUACCAUGCAUCUGCCCAUCUGUCAUCCUCGGGAGAUCCCACACUUUUUGUGUGAGGGAAUGGCCCUCUUGAAGCUCACUUGUGAGGACCUUUCAGCCUAUUUGAAGUCAGUGAUGGUCUCAAGCUUUCUGGUGGUCCUCAUCCCUUUAAGUCUCAUCCUGGCCUCCUACACCCUCAUUUUCCUUGCUGUCCUCCGCAUGAACUCCCCUGAGGGCAGGAGCAAGGCUCUGGCCACCUGUUCCUCCCACCUCUGUGUGGUUAUCCUCUACUUUGGUCCUGCCAUAUUGGUCUACAUGAGGCCUGGGUCCUCCAAGACCCCCAAAUUAAAUCAGUCUCUCUUUAUGUUUAAUGCCAUCCUUACCCCUAUGCUUAACCUUCUUGUCUAUAGUCUGAGAAGCAAAGAUGUUAUAGAAGCUUUGAAGAGUAUAGCCAUCAGUAGAUGCCCCCUAAGAAAGAUGAAAAGACACUUACAUUGCUAUACUUGA